CCGGACCGGACCGCUUUCCCCUCCCCCGAGCUAAGCAGGCAUUCAUUAAACCACCCUCCUCCUCUUCCUCCUCCUCCUGUCCACUCCCUCCCCCGUUCCCAGUUUGAAAGAAGUCGAUGGAAAGGCCGGCUGGGCAGCUGGAGGUGAAGCAGGCUCUGCAGGAGGAGGAGGAGGUGGGAGAAGGGGAUGGAUGGAUGCAGCCUUCGGGCUUAGCACCCCCCUGCUCCAUCCCCGGACGGAACAGAGCCCCUCCAUCUCCCCAGCCGGGCCUUCACUCACACCCAUCGUCAAUUGGAGGUUGGAAUAUUUAAGAGGGGUGGGGAGGGGGGGCCGCCGGCCCCGCCUCGUCGUUACCCAACAUCUAGCCCAUCCAGAGCUGUUAGGCACCAUUUAUUUAUAACCCAGUCCCGCAGCCUGCCCCUCUUGAGGCGUGGUGAAGUGUUCUUCCCGGUGAAACACGUAUACGGCUUGAUUUUGCUUCUCCUUUUUAUCCCCUCCAAACUGAGGGACGGGAUCGCCCACCUCCUGUGUGUCCUUCCCGGUGAAACACGUAUACGGCUUGAUUUUGCUUCUUUUUAUCCCCUCCAAACCGAGGGACGGGAUCGCCCACCUCCUGUGUGUCCUUCCCGGUGAAACACGGAUACGGCUUAAUUUUGCUUCUCCUUUUUAGCCCCUCCAAACCGAGGGACAGGAUCGCCCACCUCCUGUGUGUCCUUCCCGGUGAAACACGGAUACGGCUUAAUUUUCCUUCUUUUUAUCCCCUCCAAACCGAGGGAGGGGAUCGCCUACCUCCUGUGUUUGGCCGGGGGGCGGAGAGGAAGGAGGGCAGAGAAAGAGCAGCCCCGAGCUUCCUCUCUCUGGCAGAUAAUUAUUUUUAUUAUUACUAAAAGGGAGGGGGGGGAGAAGGGUCUCGAGACGUCUAUUUUUAUUAAACGGAUUUUUUUUUUAACCCCCACACCCAAGAUGGCUGAAGGUGGCUGUGAUGAGUUGUGUGUUGGCUUUUUUUUUUUUUUUUUUGAUCUGACGAUAAAGCCAAAAGGCAACAGCAGCAGCUGCUGACUCGCACAGUCUCCAUCCGGAGUUUCCCCUCGGCUGAACAGAGGCAGCGGCUGGAGGAGGCGCCGGCCGGGGCAGGGAGACUCUAGCGAAGGACUGGCUGGUUGGAAUCGGUUUGGUUUUGAUUACCGAGGGGGUGUGUGGGGGGGUCAAUCCGCCUUUUAUUUUUUCCUCUUUAAAAGAAAAAAGAAAUUCCCAAGAUGGCUGGGGACUGAGCCCCGUCUCCCCGGAAUGGCCCAGAGUUGAGGCCUCCCUAGGCCCCGGGAAAGAAGAAAAGAAAGUGGGGGAGGAGGAGGAAGGACUUGGGCAGCGUUGUGCAUUAGCAGUGGAGAAAAAUUCCUUCCCACUUGGAUCAAGGCUUGUUUUCCCAGCGGCCCGGGCUUGGAUUCCGGGGAGCGGGGGCAGAGCGGCCUUCUGCUUUCCGAUUUAAAGAGCCGGAGGUGCGGGGAGGAAACUCACCCGGGAGACGAGGAGAAAGACUGGAAGCGUCCCCCUCCCCAUUUUUUUUUUUACUUUUCUCCCCCUUCCCUCCCCCUUUUUUUUUUCCCCUCCCCCUUCCGUUUCUAUUUGUGAGAAGAAGAAGAGGAGGAGGGAGGGAGGGAGGGCCGGGCUUCUCCGGCCGCGGACUGGAAUUUCAUCUUGAAUGAGUGAGCGGCCGGGCCCGCUCCGGUUCCCAGCCGGGAUUGGGGUGCGGGAGAGGGGUUAAAGGAGGGAGAAAUCCGUUUUUUUUUCCCGGUGUCCCGCAUCUGGAUCGUACUGGGGGUGGGGAGGGACGUGGAUGGGGCUGGGGCCGCCCCUCCUGACCUUGGGUAAGUGGGGGUUCGCACCGGCCAACUUGGCCUUGCCAAGCGCUUAGUACAGUGCCCUGCACGCUGUAAGCGCUCAAUACGACCGACUUGGACCCGCAUGUCCGCCGCCGGUGGCCUGGGGACCGUCCUGGAUUUUGGCCGGGUGUGUGGGUGAGAAGGGGGGUCCCCUCCUUUCCACCCGGGGGUCGGAGGGGGAGGCAGGCGGCCCCCUCCCCGCCCCCCUCCAUCAUUCACCGAACCGCGUUUGUCGAGCGCUCACCGUCCUAAGCGGCCGGCAACGAUGGCCGAGAACUGGAAGAACUGCUUCGAGGAGGAGCUCAUCUGCCCCAUCUGCCUGCACGUCUUCGUGGAGCCCGUGCAGCUGCCGUGCAAGCACAACUUCUGCCGGGGCUGCAUCGGGGAGGCCUGGGCCAAGGAGGGCGGCCUGGUGCGCUGCCCCGAGUGCAACCAGGCCUACAACCAGAAGCCGGGGCUGGAGAAGAACCUGAAGCUGGCCAACAUCGUGGAGAAGUUCAACGCCCUGCACGUGGAGCGGCCGGCCGCCCUGCUGCACUGCGUGUUCUGCCGGCGAGGCCCGCCGCUGCCCGCGCAGAAGAUCUGCCUGCGCUGCGAGGCGCCCUGCUGCCAGUCCCACGUGCAGACCCACCUGCAGCAGCCGUCCACCGCCCGCGGGCACCUCCUGGUCGAGGCCGACGAGGUCCGGGCCUGGAGCUGCCCGCAGCACAACGCCUACCGCCUCUACCACUGCGACGCCGAGCAGGUGGCCGUCUGCCAGUUCUGCUGCUACUACAGCGGCGCCCAUCAGGGACACUCCGUCUGCGACGUGGAGAUCCGGAGGAAUGAGAUCCGGAAGAUGCUGAUGAAGCAGCAGGACCGCCUGGAAGAGAGGGAGCAGGACAUCGAGGACCAGCUCUACAAGCUGGAGUCUGACAAGAGGCUGGUGGAGGAGAAAGUGAGUCAGCUGAAGGACGAGGUGCGGUUGCAAUACGAGAAGCUGCACCAGCUCCUAGACGAGGACCUGCGGAAAACCAUGGAGAUCCUGGACAAGGCCCAGGCCAAGUUCUGCAAUGAGAACGCCGCCCAGGUCCUACACCUCAACGAGCGCAUGCAAGAGGCCAAGAAGCUCCUCAGCUCCGUCCAGGUCAUGUUUGACAAGACCGAGGACAUCAACUUCAUGAAGAACACCAAAUCCGUGAAGAUCUUAAUGGACAGGACCCAGACCUGCACGGGAGGCAGCCUCUCCCCACCUAAAAUCGGCCACCUGAACUCCAAGCUCUUCCUGAAUGAGAUAGCCAAGAAGGAAAAGCAGCUCAGGAAGAUGCUGGAAGGCCCCGUGAGCACCCCGGUGCCCUUCCUUCAGAGCAUCCCCAUGUACCCGUGCAGCGGGAGCGGCGCCGGGGCAGAGAAACGCAAGCACUCCACGGCCUUCCCCGAGGGCAGCUUCCUGGACCCCUCCCCCGGCCCCGUGGGCGGCCAGUACCUGGGCCAGGGGGCUUCGACCGGCGAGGGCCAGUCCGCCCAGCCCCUGGUGCCUUGCAGCUCCACGCAGCACAUCGUCGGACUGCCCAACGGGCCCCAGCCCGUCCACUCUGGCUCCGUCUUCAACCCGUCCCACUACCCCAACAGCACCUCAUCUCAGCAAUCCAUGCUCUCCCAGUACGGCGGGCGGAAAAUCCUGGUCUGCUCCGUGGACAACUGUUACUGUUCGUCCGUGUCCAACCACGGCGGCCACCAGCCCUACCCCCGCUCCGGCCACUUCCCCUGGACAGUCUCUUCCCAGGAGUACUCCCACCCGCUCCCGCCGGCCCCCUCCGUUCCUCAGUCGCUGCCGGGGCUCGCCGUCAGGGACUGGAUCGACGCGUCCCAGCAACCCGGGCACCAGGAUUUCUACCGCGUGUAUGGCCAGCCCUCCACCAAACACUACGUCGCCAGUUAACCCGCCCGCCACCCGCCAGCCCGCCCUCUCUGCCCCAUCAAGGGGGGACCAGGGAGCCUCCUCACCUAUGCACCAGAGACCCCCGCCCCACCCCGCCUCCUCUUUCUCUCCUGGAUCUGGUUGAGUUUUCUUUCCCCGUUUUUCCUUUUUUAUAUACAUUUGCCGCGAGCCAGGAAGCAGGAUGGGACCCGGGGUUGGGCAUUGUCCGCCUCAAGGCUGGCCUCUCUGGAGUCGGGAGGCUUCGUUAGUUCUAGCCGUUUGUCUCUUUCUCUUUUCUUUCAUCUUCUCCUGCCCCUCCACCUUUCUCUUCCCGUCCCUCCACUGGAAAGGAGGAGUGUGCUGUAAGCUGUGGGGGCUGGGCCCGGGCCCCCUGGGAGGGUGAUGAUGGACAGAUUGGAAUUUUUUCUUUCCUUUCUCUUUGUCUCUUUUUUUUUUUUUUAAAGUUCGAUCACUGAUUCAGUAAGAGAUGAUCCGUAUAGAUUGUGUGUUUUGGGGGUUUUUUAAUGCUGAUUAUUAAUUUUUUUUUUUUUUUUUUUGAGUUAAAAGGCCACUUAUCAUGCAGCUUGGCCUCCUCAGUUCUGGAGCAGAAUCUGUAAAUACACAAUGGCAGGAAACCAAUGCACAGGAAAGGGAAAAAGAAACUUUUACAACAACAACAACAAAAAAAAUAAUAAUUAAAUAAAUAAAUAAAUAAUUAAAAAAGGAAUAAAUAAUGUGUUUAGGUCUGGGGUGGGGGGGGUGUUGGGGGAAGGGGCCGUCCCGCAGUUGGGCCUUCCUGAGUUGUGACAACGCAGCUUCCUGUAACGAGCACUUUGUAUAAAGCGUGGACUUCCUGUUAUCGAGGGGCAGGGAUUGAUUCUGUAACCCGUCUUAGAGCACACACCAAACGCCGACCUUCCAAUAAACGUCAUGGCGCCAA